AUGGGUGGUGUAGCUAAGAUACCGGCUGCAGCAGGGCUCUGGUUACUGCUAGGCGUGGUACUGUUAGCCUUUGGAGUUGCAGCUAGCCCGGCCCAGGCCUCCAGGAAUACUCACUACGACUUCGUUAUAAAGGAGACGAAGGUCACCCGGCUCUGCCACGAGAAGACCAUCCUGGCCGUGAACGGGCAGUUCCCCGGGCCGACCAUCUACGCGCGCAAGGGCGAUGUCGUCGUCGUCAACGUGUACAACCAGGGCAACAAGAACAUCACCCUCCACUGGCAUGGCGUGGACCAGCCGCGGAACCCGUGGUCCGACGGCCCGGAGUACAUCACGCAGUGCCCCAUCCAGCCCGGCGCCAAUUUCACCUAG